AUGCCUUUGGUAACACGUCUGGGAAUGGGUCGCCGGUCGAGAUCUUCUCCCACGCUCUCUAACGUUACAGAAGCUCCUGGUCCUACGAACUCGACGGCUCCCAACACUCUCGAUAACAUCGCGACAUCCUCUCCGGCCGAGUCUGCCGGCUCCUCCACCUCCCAACCUCCAACGGCGACGUCACCUACGGCAUCUGCAACCUCCUCUACGCGCCCAGGGUUCCUUUCGCGCUUCAGUCUCCCGCUCUCUCUACCUUUGCGCAACCGAAAUCGCAACGUCACCGACUUUCAUAUUCGUGCCGAAGAACCCCACCGUCGAUACAGCGCUGGCGACAAUGUUCGCGGAGCUGUCGUUAUCGUCAUCGUGAAACCGGUUCGAAUUACUCAUCUAACUGUAUCGUUGCAUGGGUAUGUGCGCGUCCUUAAAGAUCCAACCUCGGUCGCCAAGGCGCAAGGAACCGUUGUGUUACCGCAAAACGGUGAUGCGGCAAGGCCACGAUAUCACGGCAAUGGCCUAGCAAGUCUUUUCCAGGACGAGCAAGUGCUGAGUGGUGAGGGGCGAUUGGAGCCAGGCAGAUAUGAGUUCGGAUUCGACCUUUUAUUUCCCGACAAGGGACUGCCAAGCAGUAUUGAUUUCGAGCGAGGAACGGUUUCAUACAUGGUUACAGCGACGCUAACGCGACCAACCUCGAUUGCCCCAACGUCAUCAUGCGAAAGGAAAGUGAUGCUAGUAGAAAACGUGGAUGUUGGGUUACUACACACUCCUAGACCGCGCACUAUCUUCCUCGAACCAAUUUCGAAACGAAACCGAAGGAGAAAGUCCAUGGUAAUAGACAAGUCGUCUGCCGCCCACUCCGAGAUCAACGAAGUCAACACGGGGCACGAAUUGACAGAAACGCCGACAGAAGACUACCGUGAACACACUACAGACCCCAGGAGUCCAAUUCAAAGUGAUUUGCGAAGCGAAGUCAGCGGGGAAAGCGGUGUCAGCAACAGCACAAGCCUAAGUAGACCAGAAGUCCCACUAUCCCAAGUAGGGACACUCACAUCAGCCAAGCAACAAGCGGUAGACAAGAAGACAAUCACGGCGACGGUUGAGCUACUGAAAGGUGGUUGCUUACCAGGCGACCCCAUAUCUGUGCGAGUUACGGUUCAGCACACCAAGCGAGUCAAGAGCAUGACGGGGGUGAUUGUGACGUUACUCAGGCAAGGUAAAAUCGACAGCAAUCCGCCAAAAGCUUUCUUCGACGAAUCUAUGAGCCAGGAAGACAUAGCUCGUAUAGAUAAGGACGAUGUGUUCCCACGAUCCAGAACAGGUCUCGGUGGAUUGUCGUUGACAUCUUCGAGUUCGACAAGCAUAUUCCGUAAGGACCUCGAUCAGAACAUAGCACCACUCAUUAUUGAUCCCAACACCAUGCAAACAUCGGUCACUGUCACUGUCAAGCUGCCCGACGAUUCGUUCCCGACAAUCAAGGGUGUUCCUGGAGAAAUGAUCAGCUUCAAGUACCUGGUUGAGGUGGUUGUUGACCUGGGUGGAAGAUUGUCGACUCAGAUGCAAACGGGUCCAGCUAGAUUCGGAGCCUAUGGCCAUGGAAGCACGGACAAUAACACGUACGGUCCAAUGAGAGGAGCAAACAUCGCAGACACUUCGCAGAUGCGCCACGAAAAGGGGGUAAUCGCGGUGUCAAUGGAGACAGUCGUGGGCACCUCAGAUUCGUCACGCGGUAGGAAAAAGUCGAGGGCGUCACCGACAUCACGAAGCGUGCAGAUCCUGGAAAGUGACGAAGAGGAGGUGAUAGGACAAGAACCAAACUACGGCGAAGGGCCUGCUCUUGAACACUAUUCAGGCAAUGGGUCGAUGUCUCCUGCGGGUUAUUACUCUCCGCACACUAAUGGCAGUCGACUUCCCCCAAUUCCCUCACAUCCGCCACAGCCUUAUUCACAAGUACCUCCCUUACCAGUUUCGUCACAUUCACGUGGCUUCUCGGGGUCAAGUACCAAUGGUUUUGGCUCUUCCUCAGCAGCUCCUUCGUAUAUUCCUCCCCCUGAAAUACUGAAUCAGAACAACCUAUCAGAAAAGGAAAUGAUUCGGCAGGCUGAGACACGGCUACUACCAAGCCAACCUCCAGUGGCAGGCCCAUCAACCAGUCCAAAUCAAGAUGAUGAAGAUAUAUACGACGCAGAGGAUACGCCUCGGGUUCCGGAUCUGGAUGCCGGAUUUAAUCUGAGUGUGCCUAGUGCCCCCGAGGCAGGCCCCUCGGCACCAACAGAGGAUGAUGUUGAGUUGGCAGCAGUACCGCCGUCUGAAGUUGUGGAGGAUAAGCAAGAACUCGAAAGACGACGGCUACUGAACGAAGCCAGUGCUCCCCCAGAUGUCCCUGAGGAUAUGCAACGAAGAAGAAUUGACGGUCCUUCGACGGAAAUGGACACCGAAGCUGAAGCCAGUGCACCGAGCGCACCGAGUGCACCUUUAGUUGAUGAUGAUGAUUACCCUGGAUACGGCUCCAGCGCAGGACCUUCCAGUGGUUCGAGACAUGGUGGGGGAGAACAGUUACCAGCGUACCAAAGAUGA